CUUGCCAGCAUUCGAGGCCUGAGAGCAGAUAAUUUCCACAGAGUCAAAGCAUCAUGGUACAAGGCCGGCUUGAAGGCAAAGUUGCAAUAGUGACGGGCGGUGCCAGUGGGUUUGGCAAGGGUAUAGCGGCCAAGUUUGCUGCCGAAGGAGCCAAAGUCAUCAUUGCGGAUCUCUCUCAGGAACCUGCUGAGGCGGCAGCAAAGGAGCUGGGAUGCCAUUUUUCAGUAGCAGAUGUCACAAAGAGGGAACACUGGCAAGCCCUGUUGAAACUUGCUCUUGAACAAUUUGGUGGUCUCGACAUCAUCAUCAACAAUGCCGGGACAACCUAUAAGAACAAGCCGACUGUUGAAGUCACUGACCAGGACUUUGACCUGGUAAUGGAGGUCAACGUGAAGUCCAUAUAUCUAUCGACAAGCGUCCUGGUCCCUUACUUUUUGGAAAAUAAGAGACCGGGUGUGUUUAUUCAGAUAGCCUCGACAGCCGGUAUUCGUCCUCGUCCCGGCCUGACCUGGUACAAUGCUUCGAAAGCAGCAGUGAGUAAUGCCACCAAGACGAUGGCGGUUGAGUAUGGCCCGCAAAAGAUUCGGUUCAAUGCUGUUUGCCCCGUGGUUGGGAGUACUGGCCUGACUCACCUCUUUAUCGGCAAGCCAGAUACCGAGGAAAAUCGAGCUUCAUUCGUCUCCACAAUACCUCUGGGCCGUGGAAGUACUCCCGCAGACAUCGCCAAUGCUUGUUGCUAUUUGGCGAGUGAUGAGGCUGAAUUCAUUACUGGCGUGAACUUGGAGGUCGAUGGAGGUCGCUGCGUAUAGUUGGCAUACUCGGGUAGGGGAGGAUUUCUUGCAGUGACCAGCAACAGCGGGAAGAAGCUGUGUCGAUUGGGCUGCAUGACACUGGCAUUAGUUGGACAGAUCUUCGGAGGUCGUAGAGUGUAAGCUGGUGUAAAAUGACAAAGUUCCUCUUGCC